CGUGUGCAUCAUGAUCCUGCAGUGACAGGAUUGAUCAUUUACGGAGUAUUGGGAAAGCAGCCGAGAACCUUGGCGCCACUAUUAAUGACCUAGAGCGGCUUUUGCUGACACUUCAUGCAAAAUGGAGAAGCAGUUAACAGGCACACUCGCUCUGGCAGUGUUCACAGCUGCGCUUGGCUCUCUGCAGAUGGGAUACAGCCUGGGCGUCAUCAACGCCCCACAGAAGGUCAUUGAGAGGCACUAUGCAAAAUCUCUGGGGGUCUAUAAUGAAGAACUAGCUCACAGAAGAGGAGGAAACGCCACAGAACAUGAAGAACCGACUGAUGCUUCUGUGGUCAUGUACUGGUCCUUGUCUGUGGCCAUCUUCGCCAUCGGAGGCAUGGUGUCCUCCUUUCUAGUGAGCUUUGUUAGCGACUUCCGUGGAAGGAUCAAAGGUAUGCUGUAUAUAAAUGUCCUGGCUAUAACAGCUGGGCUGUUAAUGGGUCUGUCUAAGUUGGGCACACCUUACCUCAUGGUGAUAGCAGGACGUGCUAUCAUGGGACUGUACUGUGGUCUGUCGUCUGGCCUGGUGCCGAAAAUUUAUGUGUGCAGGUGUCCUUGUUAUCUGCAGGUCAUCGGUCUGGAUUUCCUGCUGGGAAAUGAUGACAUGUGGCACGUGUUGCUGGGUCUUUCUGGAGCUCCUGCCAUCCUGCAGAGUCUGCUGCUGCUUGUAUGUCCAGAAAGUCCUCGAUUCCUCUACAUCAAACAAGGCAAAGUGGAAGAAGCAUGCAAGAGUCUGAAAAGGCUGAAGGGAGAUUACGACACCUCAAAGGACAUAGCAGAGAUGCAGGCAGAGAAAGAGAAGGCCAUGAAGGAGGCGCAAACGUCCAUCCUGCGGCUGCUCCGUUCCUCUGUGUACCGCCAGCAGCUGUUUGUGGCCCUGAUGAUGCAUUUAUCCCAGCAGUUCUCUGGGAUCAACGCUAUCUUUUAUUACUCUACUUCGAUCUUCCAGUCUGCGGGGGUCGGUCAGCCGGUGUAUGCCACUAUUGGAGUGGGAGUUAUAAACAUCAUUUUCACCCUUGUGUCGGUGAUCUUGGUGGACAGAGCGGGCAGACGGACUCUCACUAUUGUUGGAUUGGGAGGAAUGUGCUGCUGUGCUGUGGCCAUGACAGUGGGCCUGGCUUUUCAGGACGUUUACUCGUGGAUGAGCUACCUCAGUAUGGCAGCCAUAUUCCUAUUCGUGUCGUUCUUUGAGAUCGGGCCUGGACCAAUCCCAUGGUUCAUUGUGGCGGAGAUCUUCAGUCAGGGGCCGCGGCCAGCAGCCAUCGCAUUAGCUGGGUGUUGCAACUGGACAUGUAAUUUCAUCAUUGGCAUGUUUUUCCCUUAUUUAGAGGGUCUUUGUGGGAGCUAUGUCUUCAUCGUUUUUGCAGUACUCCUAUUCGGUUUCACUGUUUUUAUCUACUUGCGUGUACCUGAAACAAAAGGGAAGACUUUUGAGGAGAUAGCAGCUGUUUUCCAUCGCAAACGUGGAGCUCCCCUUUCCAAACCUCAAGAAGAAGCUGAGAUGGUGCAGCUCAAGAGCUCUACAGAGGCCUGAAAGAGGCCGUUAUCUUCUGGAAACUGUGGAAUGAACGAUGUUACUGCUGUCUCAGAACUCACCUGUUAUGACAGAACUGAUCUGCUGUAUAUUCCACAGAGCUUCACAUCGAGAGCUCAAUGACUUAGCUCGUCAU